ACCCGCGACCACCGUGGAGCGCGGGGCCCGCGCCGCCCCCGCCCCGGGAGCCCAGCGGCCGCGGAGAGAUGAGCGCCGCCGGUAACAAGCGAGCCCCGACCACAGCGACGCAGCGGCUGAAGCAGGACUACUUGCGCAUCAAGAAAGACCCGGUGCCGUACAUCUGUGCCGAGCCCCUCCCUUCCAAUAUCCUCGAGUGGCACUAUGUGGUUCGUGGCCCGGAGACGACUCCUUAUGAAGGUGGCUAUUAUCAUGGAAAACUAAUUUUCCCCAGAGAAUUCCCUUUUAAACCUCCAAGUAUUUAUAUGACGACCCCGAAUGGAAGAUUUAAGUGCAACACCAGGCUGUGUCUCUCGAUCACUGACUUCCACCCGGACACGUGGAACCCAGCGUGGUCCGUGUCAACCAUCUUGACGGGACUGCUCAGCUUUAUGGUGGAGAGAGGCCCCACGCUGGGCAGCAUCGAAACGUCCGACUUCACGAAAAGACAGCUGGCUGCACAGAGUUUAGCAUUUAAUUUAAAAGAUAAAGUCUUCUGUGAGCUGUUUCCUGAAGUCGUAGAGGAGAUGAAACAGAAACAGAAAGCCCAGGAUGAGCUCAGCAGCCACCCCCAGACCCUCCCGCUGCCCGACGUAGUCCCCGACCGGGGGGCUCAUCACGGCCACAAUGGCAUCCAGCUUCUCAACGGGCACGGGCCGUUGGCCGGCCCCAACCAGCCGGGUCUCCAGCAGGCCAACCGGAACCACGGACUGCUGGGAGGCGCGCUGGCGAACUUGUUUGUCAUCGUGGGCUUCGCCGCCUUCGCCUACACAGUCAAGUACGUGCUGCGAAGCAUAGCGCAGGAAUGAGCGGCGGGGACCCACCUCGAGACCAAAUUAGCGGUAGGUGCAAAGCGAGCUGGGGCCCUCUGGGCGCCGGAGGCCGGCACGGGGGCGGCACCCUGCCGGGGCCACCCGCCGGGGGCCCGGGGAGCACCGGUUCCCACCGGCAAGACUGGAAUGAAGCCGGUGCCGCCCGUCCGUCCGGUUCCCGGGGAGAGACGAGCCGCUCCGAUUCGUCGUCCGCGUGGCGGCGGCGCCCGUCUGCCCGUCCAUGGCCAUCAAGCCCUCGAAGCGUCACCGAUGGAACGCCGCCGAUGCUUUGACUCUCCUUUUUUAUAGCAUUUGCUCCCUUUGGUUCUCUGGACCCGAUGUUUUAAGUAAACAGGUUGUUUUUCAUCCGACUAGAUGGGGUCGUUUCUCAAAGCCGAACUGGCAGGCGCAGAGCCCCGCCCCGCCCUGCCUCACACUCUGGUGGGGGAGAGCUCGGGGAGCCCUCCGACGGGGCAGCGGAGGACCACGGGAGUAGCGUCGCCACCGCCAGGCAGGGGAGGAUGGAUAGGAGCUAAGGUUCUCGCUGCCGCCGUGCUGGUUGGGGGAAAACGUGUCAGUUGUGGGCAGCUGGAGGCGAGGAAGGGGAAUAUUCAGAAACAUCUGACGGAUCAAACACGUCAUUUGAGCUGGGAGUCCCUGGGGGGUGAGGCACCUCUCCUGCCCGGGUCGUCAGGUGAGGAUGCGGGCUUCUAGAAGAAAACCAUUUCCACUUCCAAGAGCAGCGCUGCUCUGCCCCUCCCGGCCCGGAAGCCAUGGUCCUGCCAUGCCUUCUGACCUCAACCCCUGGUUACGUCCCCCCUCCUGGCCUGGGCCGCUGGGUGUUUGGCCUGUGAGGCUUGGUCCCUGGAACCAAGCACAGGGGGCAAGGACAUCUCCGCCGGGGUCCCCGGCAGGCCGCCUUUGAGCGCAAACUAUGUGCAGAGCCCUGUACUGAAUGCUUGGGAGGGCACAACCCAACAGAGUUGGCAGACCCAUUCCCUGUGCACGAGCUUGGCUAGUCAGGCCUCUGGAACGGAGGUCACAGAGGCCCGUGGCCCUCCUCCACCCCGAUGGGGGCCCUGUUACCCAGCGGUCCAGUUCUCCAUCCCGGGCUUCCCUGGCACAGAACCGCUCUGCUCCCCAACUCAGGCAUAGGAGGCGGUGGGGCUCGGGUGGCCUCCCUCAUCCCUUCCUGCCCGGAGAAAGGGAGUCCUGUGGGUCACUUGUGGAGUCCUCGGCCAGGUACGGUGCCCGUCCCCCAAGACCCAUGGGGCUGAUUGGCACACACGUCACUCCCUUGUAUUCAAAGCGCUAGGAGUCUGCCGUUUGGGUGGGGCCUGAGGGGAGGGGGCUGGUCAGUGGUCGGAGACGCACCCUCCAGUCUGCCGCAUAUUCCUGUUUUCUGUUCUACAGAGCCUAAUAAAUGUUACCUCAUGUACCUCCA